CCGAGAGAAGACUCCCCUCGGGAGGUGGAGCCGGCCGGUCACAGGCUGAAGGCAGCCACACUGUUACUGUCUGUGUCUAAGGAGGAGUGAGGCGGGAGUCCGAGGUCAGUGCUCAGAAACUGCCAGGGAGCGGCUCUACUCCCGGGGAGCUGCAGGCAACAAGAAAUCUGAAAACAUGGCUGGAAAACCCAAACUGCACUACACUAAAGGAAGAGGUAAAAUGGAAUCUAUCCGAUGGCUGUUAGCAGCAGCUGGGGUUGAGUUUGAAGAAGAGUUUGUGGAAGCAAAGGAAGACUUGGAAAAGUUACGCAAGGAUGGAUCCCUGCUGUUUCAACAAGUGCCCAUGGUGGAAAUUGACGGGAUGAAGAUGGUGCAGACCAGAGCCAUUCUCAACUACAUAGCAGGGAAACACAACCUCUAUGGGAAGGACCUGAGGGAGAGAGCACUGAUUGAUAUGUACGUGGAAGGAACAACAGAUCUGAUGGAAAUGAUCAUGUUACUCCCUUUGCAACCGCCCGAAGCAAAGGAGAAGAAUUUUGCCUUAAUCAUCGAGAGGGCCAAAACCAGAUACUUCCCAGUCUAUGAAAAGGUUUUAAAAGACCAUGGCCAGCAGUUUCUUGUUGGUAACAAAUUUAGCUGGGCGGAUGUCCAUCUGCUUGAGGCCAUUUUAAUGACAGAAGAGUGCAAGCCUGAUAUACUCUCCCCAUUCCCUCAGUUACAGGCUUUUAAAGGAAGAAUAAGCAACAUCCCCACAAUUAAGAAAUUCUUGCAGCCUGGUAGCCAAAGGAAACCACCAGCAGAUGACAAGUUCAUUGCACAGGUGAAGAAAAUAUUCAACAUCUAAUCUAUGUGAUUACUAAAAAUCACUGCACCUACAGUAUAGUAGCUCAGCCAUGCUUAAUAUAGCUGUAAACUUCACAUAACUCAAACAUUCUAUGGCCUGAGCUAUACAGGAAGUCACAUUAGAUGAUAAUGGGCUCUUCUGGCUUUAGUCUGUGAAACUGGAUUUGAAAGUUUUUAGCAUGUUAAAUGCUAGCAUGCCGAAACAUAACUCUUUAAAAAUGUCUCUGCAAUAGCUAUAACUAGAUUACAAUGAAUUGUAGACUAGGGUAACUUGUUAAAUAAUCUUGUAAUUGGAAGAUACAUUUACUUGAAAUAAAACACUCAUUACUUUC